AAUGGCUGUUCCACCUGCUUACGCUGAUCUGGGCAAAUCUGCCAGAGAUGUUUUCACCAAGGGAUAUGGUUUUGGGUUAAUAAAACUUGAUUUGAAAACAAGAUCUGAAAAUGGACUGGAAUUUACAAGCUCAGGUUCAGCAAACUCAGAAACAAGCAAAGUUAGUGGUAGUUUGGAAACAAAAUACAAGUGGGUGGAAUAUGGAUUGAUGUUCACAGAGAAGUGGAACACCGACAACACACUGGGCACUGAGAUUACUCUUGAAGAUCAGCUUGCCCAUGGCCUGAAGCUGACCUUUGACUCCUCCUUCUCUCCUAACACUGGGAAGAAGAGCGCUAAAGUUAAGUCAGGGUACAAACGGGAACACAUCAACAUUGGCUGCGACAUGGAUUUUGAUAUUGCUGGGCCUUCAAUACGUGGAGCCCUGGUGGUUGGCUACGAGGGGUGGCUGGCAGGCUACCAAAUGACUUUUGAGACAGCGAAGUCUAGAGUAACUCAGAGCAACUUUGCCGUUGGCUAUAAGACCGAUGAAUUCCAGCUUCAUACUAAUGUGAAUGAUGGAACGGAAUUUGGUGGCUCCAUUUACCAGAAGGUGAAUGAUAAAUUGGAAACUGCCGUGAACCUUGCUUGGACGGCUGGUAAUAGCAACACUCGCUUUGGAAUAGCAGCCAAGUAUCAGAUUGACCCAGAUGCCUGCUUUUCCGCUAAAGUGAACAACUCCAGUCUGAUCGGAUUAGGAUACACUCAGACGUUAAAGCCAGGUAUCAAACUGACAUUGUCAGCUUUGUUGGAUGGCAAGAAUGUCAAUGCAGGUGGUCACAAACUUGGUCUAGGAUUGGAAUUUGAAGCUUAAGGAGUGAUUCUGCAAUUGUUAAUUUGAAAAUACAGCAUAGCUACCUUCAGAAUAUAGUGUACCUUUCAAUGUUUUAUGUCUGGGAUGCAAGUAUUGCUAAGUAUCAGUCCUGCUAGUCCUGGUUAAAGACAGCUAAGCUUUAAAAUGAUGUUGUCGAAGAAAUGGAGACAAAAGCAUUAAAAAAAAUUCCAGGCUUAUUUUUUUGAAUGUUGUUGCCUAUCACAUCUGUCAGCUGCCACAAGAUAGGAAGGUGUGGAUUACCUUUAGUAACAUCUCGACUGCGCAAGGAAUACGUUAAUGUAGUAUAAAAAUGGAGAUGUUAAGAGUCGCAGACCACUGUAUUGUACUGUUAAUUCCGUAAGCAAAACGUUCCAACACUUAAGGUUUCAAUUCAUGAUGGAAUGUGCAAACAUGUCUAAAAAAGGGAUUUUUGUUUUUUGAAAAAUAUUUUUUUAGAUAGGAAUUUCAUGAAUGGUUUGUCUUACUUGGUUAUCUGACACCUGCAGCUGUCUCCAGAAUGCUUUAGGUUGUCCACUUUGUCUAAGUCUGUUGCGGAGGAGGUUUGGUGUGACUCAGCCAAUGCUACCUGUCCUGUGUUGUGGUUCCUCUCCCUUGCACUGACUGGAAAGCUUGUAAGACAGGGCCAUAAUCAGGGAAGUCUUUGUAACUGCAGUCACAUAGUUGCAUCACUGAAUUCAAAAUGGACUUUUGUUUUAUUACCACUUUUUUUUAGCAACUAAAUGGGUACAUUUUUAGAGAGUCUUCCAUUUUGUGUGGAACUAGACCCCAAAAUGCUGUACUUGACACUACUAAAAAUGGAUAAAAAACCCAACCCCAACUUGAAUAAAAUAUUGAAAU